CUUCUAAUGACAGGCAAACAGGAAUAAACAUCAAUGGGAGGAGGAAACCAAACUUACAUAGCUGAAUUUAUUCUGCUGGGACUUUCAGAGAAUCCUAAAAUUCAGAUCUUGUUAUUCUGUGUUUUCCUGAUCGUCUACCUCCUUUCUGUAUUUGGAAACCUGCUGAUCAUAAUCCUCAUCCAAACUGACUCUCGACUUUAUACUCCCAUGUACUUUUUCCUCAAAAACCUAUCCUUUGCUGACCUCUGCUUCUCUACAAGCAUUGUCCCCCAGAUGUUGGCCCACUUCCUUUCAAAAAGGAAAACCAUUUCCUUUAUUGGAUGCUCAAUGCAGAUAGUGGUCUUUCUCCUAGCAGGGUGCACAGAGUGUGCUCUGCUGGCAGUCAUGUCCUAUGACCGGUACGUGGCUGUCUGCAAACCCUUGCACUACUCCACCAUCAUGACCCAGACGGUUUGUGUCCAGUUGGCUGUAGUUUCCUGGGUAAGUGGGGCAUUUGCGUGUUCAGUGGACAGUGUGUUUACACUGUGUAUCCCUUAUCAAGGACAGAAUGUAAUCAAUCACUACUUCUGUGAGCCACCUGCCCUCCUAAAGCUGGCUUCAGCUGAUACCUACCAUGCUGAAAUGGCUCUGUUUUCAGUUGGAGUGAUUAUCCUAUUAGCUCCUGUCUCACUCAUCCUUGUCUCCUACGGGAACAUCAUCUCUACUGUGAUCCGGAUGCAGUCUAGGGAAGGAAGGCUCAAGGUCUUCUCCACCUGUGGUUCUCACCUCACUGUUGUGGUCCUCUAUUAUGGCUCUGGAAUAUUUGCCUACAUGAGACCCAACUCCAAGACAAUGAGUGGAAAAGAUAAGGUCAUCUCUGUGUUCUAUUCAGUUAUGACUUCCAUGUUGAAUCCAAUCAUUUACAGCCUUAGGAACAAGGAUGUGAAAGGGUCUCUCAGAAAGCUCGUUGGAAGACUGUGCACAGUCAAAGGUGGUCAUACAGAAAUUUAA